AUGUCGCAGCCGCUCGUUCACACGUGGCAGCCACCCCCCAAUGCUGCCGUCCUGCCUGGAGUGAUACAAAUUCGAGUCCAGUUGUGCCUUAGGGACCCACAAGAUUUUGGAGGCGCUCCGUUUCAAAGGUCUCAGCAUCCUCACGCUACCUCCUGCCGGCACUUCCACCUGGGCCCCCAGCCUCAGAUGUCCGCUGACUUCCCCCUCCCGCACGCCGUCCAGCCUCACGUGGCGACCGCUCACCAGCACGGCGGCCCGCUCCACCAGCCCCUGCCGCCUCUGCCUGCCCUGCCAUUCCAGGAUGUGACGGGACCCUCUUUCCUACCUCAGGCCCUACACCAGCAAUACCUCCUCCAGCAGCAGCUCCUCGAGGCCCAGCACCGCAGACUCAUGCCGCAUCCCAGGCGGACUCAGGAGCGCAUGUCUGUCCAACCUCAUCGGUUACAUCCAAGCUUCGAAUUUGGCCAUCAACUCCAGACACCUCAGCCAAUGGGGCCUCAGCCCAGAUACUUAGCAGAAGGAACGGACUGGGACCUCAGCGUCGAUGCCGGUUUGACUCACAAUCAGUUCCAAGUGAGGUCUGUCCCACAGCAUUAUCAGCAUUACUUAGCUACUCAAAGGAUACACCAUUUCCCCCGAAGCACAUCCUCAACGCAAAUGGUGAUCCAUGAAAUCAGAAACUACCCCUAUCCUCAGCUUCAGCUUCUUGCUCUUCAGGGAUUGAAUCCAAACAGACACACGUCCGCCGUGAGGGAGAGUUAUGAAAGGGACGAGGAGAGGAAAGGGAUGAUAAACCCUUUAACAGCAAAGAGACUGGCCCAUGUGCAGACCGUCAAAAGAAGACCGCAGGAGAACAAAGCGGAGAAGGAAGAGGGGGAGGAGUCGGACACGGACGAGAAAUGCACAAUCUGUCUCUCCAUGCUGGAAGAUGGCGAGGACGUGAGGAGGUUGCCGUGUAUGCACCUCUUCCACCAAGUGUGCGUGGACCAGUGGCUAGCGACCAGCAAGAAAUGCCCCAUCUGCCGUGUGGACAUUGAAACCCAGCUGGGCUCCGACAGCUGA